AUGACCGACGCAUUCCGCAAAGAUACUCACACCAAGCUCGGUGAGAAGAUGCAACCCCAGUCUUCAAAGUCCACUGGCACCAAGAUCAAGGAGUCCAUCACUGGCACCGGCGACAAGAUUGCCCGUGAGGCGCAGCCCGACUCUUCAAAGACCAACACGCAGUCUACUAUGGACAAGAUUGGCCGCUCCAAGGACAAUAACGUUCACGGCUCCACUGGCGGUAGCAUUGUCGACAAGACCAAGAACGCUCUUGGAAUGGGCCACCACACUACCGGCACUCACACCACUCACACCCACGGCAGCGGCUUGUAA